UGCCUGAGCACUGUGCACUGGCUCUCUGUGGUCAUCUAUCUUCAAAGCCUUUUGAGAAUAUGAAUUACACAAAUAUUUCCUCCGUAGCAUGUUCAAUAGAAUCCCAGCCUGCCUCCAUCUCUGUGCUGAUCUGCCUGGUCCCUAUGCUUGGGCUUCCCCUGAACAUCUUCAGCAUGUGGGUCUUCAAGUAUCACAUUCCUGAGUGGAAAGCCGGAACGUUUCUCCAGUUCCACCUGGCCAUCAGUGAUCUCAUUUUUUGUCCUCUCGCACCCUUUUUAACGGUCUACUUUGCCCUGGGACACUGGCCUUUUGGAAGUGUGAUGUGUCGGCUCAAGAUCAUCCUGUUAGCCAUCCACUUUUAUGGCAGUAUCUUCUUCCUUACUCUCAUAAGCAUCCACCGUUGCAUAUCCGUGGUCUACCACCAUCAGGAGUUCCGCAUGAAACAGAAAGGUUUUGUAAAGAAGCUUUGUGUAGGAGUUUGGGUUGUCGUGCUUAUUAAAGGAGUGGUGUGUUGUCUGGUUCUGGACACAAGCCAAGUAGGGAAUCACACGCUGUGUCUCAGCAUCCACCAGGAACAAUACACUGAGAUGUAUUUUCUUUUGAACUUCAUUUUGCUCUUACCCGGAUUUCUGAUCCCGUUCACAAUAUCACUGGUUUGCUAUAGCUGCUUGGCAAGAUCCGUGUCAAGCAUCAACAUCUACCAUAAGAAAGGCAAACUCAUCAAGAGUAAGUCACACAAGAUGAUGGUUGUUUGUUUGCUGAUUUUCGGACUGUGUUUCAUGCCGAUGAAUGUGAUUCGUACUGUAAUGGUGGUGAUCAAGAAGUUCUGCCCCAAACACUGCCAUCUGCUUUUGCAAGUGGAAACAUCGUACUAUGUCUCCUGGAUUUUGUCUUCAGUCAACUGCUGCCUCGAUCCACUGAUCUAUUGUUUUGCCUCACAGACCUUUACGGCAGCCUUCCGCAGCUCACUGAGGAAAAUAGGAGUCAGGUUCCAAACAACUCGUGAGGAUAUUGAGCAUGACGGCGCUCUGACUAUACACGAUAUCCCCAGUCCUAGUAUGAUUAAGAGGGCAAAUACGUCUAUCACUCAUAAUUCCUGUACCUAAUUAUGGAUGGAACACACUCAAAAAAAAAAGGGCACUUGUCACUCAGGUGGGUCUCCCAUGAGUACUGUCUUAAGAUAAGAUAGGAUAAGAUAAGAUAAGAUAAGAUAAGAUAAGAUAAUACUUUAAAGGAA